CGAUGAGAGGCUCGAGAGAGAGAGAGAGAGAGAGAGUGCCAGACUUAACCCAGACACAUCCUCCGGGGCAGCGUAUAAAUAGAGGGGGACGAUAUCGGAAAUCUCAUUCAUUCAGUGUUGGCUUUCCCAAAAUCACAAGGCGCUGAAAGUCAGUAAUCCGGGGCUGCCGCAGCCUUGGAGAGCGGGGAGAGAGCGAGAGCGCGGUACCAGGGAGGGGGAGAGCAGACGGUUGAUGACAGAUCGGUCGCUCGCCUGCCCAGCAGUCGAAGCCAUGCACCGGAUCUCCGCGCCCAGCCUCCUGCUCUCGCUGCUCCUGCCACUCUGUGUGGACAACGUGCCGGUGUCUCGGAUCAAAUACUCCCACGCCGGCAUCUGUCCCAACGAGAUGAGCCCCAGUCUGUGGGUGGACGCACAGAGCACCUGUUCCCGGGAGUGUGAGGCCGACCAGGACUGCGAGACCUUCGAGAAGUGCUGCCCGAACGUGUGCGGCUCCCGGAGCUGCGUGGCCGCCCGCUACAUGGCGCUGAAGGGGCCGGUGGGCGUGCCCCGGGGGGCGAGCUGCGACCGCUUCAUGUGCGCCCAGCAGGGCUCCGAGUGCGACAUCUGGGACGGGCAGCCGGUGUGCAAGUGCCGGGACCGCUGCGAGAAGGAGCCGCACUUCACCUGCGCCUCGGACGGCCUCACCUACUACAACAAGUGCUACAUGGACGCCGAGGCGUGCACCAAGGGCAUCACCCUGACCGUGGUCACCUGCACCCACCGCUUCAGCGGCCUGAGCACCAGCGCGCUCCCGCCCGACACCACGCCGCACCCCACCACGGCGGCGGCGCGCUCACCACGGCAGGGCGUGCUCGCCCCCGCGCUCCUCUCCACGCCCGUGCCCCAGUCCAUCUACGUGGGCGGCACCGCCAGCUUCCUCUGUGACGUCAGCGGGCGGCCGCGGCCCGACAUCACGUGGGAGAGGCAGCGGGAGGGCGGGGCCAACGUGGUGCUGCGGCCCAAUCACGUCAGCGGGAACAUGGUGGUGACCAACAUCGGCCAGCUGGUCAUCUACAACGCGCAGCUGCAGGACGCGGGCACGUACACGUGCACGGCGCGCAACGCGGGCGGCGCCGUGAGCGCGCACUUCCCCUUCUCCGUCAUCAAGCGCGAGGCGCUGGUGCCGGGCGCCGCCAACAGCAGCGGCCCGCCCGCCGCCCGCGACUGCCUGCGGCCGCCCGACCGCCAGCGCUGCGGCCCGCUCCGCCUGCGCUGGUUCUACGACGCCCGCAAGAACAACUGCUUCACCUUCAGCCACGGCGGCUGCGGCGGCGCCAACCACUUCGCCAGCUACGAGGCCUGCAUGGGCAGCUGCAUGGCCGAGCCGGUGGACAUCUGCAGCCUGCCGGCGCUGCAGGGCGGCUGCCGCCUGUGGGAGCCGCGCUGGGCCUACAGCAGCCUGCACCGCCAGUGCCAGUCCUUCAUCUACGGCGGCUGCGGCGGCAACGACAACAACUUCGAGAGCCGGGAGACGUGCGAGGAGAUCUGCCCGCACCCCCGCAGCCAGCACUGCAAGGCCUGCAAGCCCCGCUUCAAGAUCGUCACCAGCUUCUGCCGCAGCGACUACGUGAUCGUCGGCCGCAUGACCGAGCUGGCGGAGGAGGCCGACUCCGGCCGCGCCCUCUUCACCGUCGACCGGGUGCUGAAGGACGAGAAGAUGGGCCUGCAGUUCUUCGGCAGCGAGGUGCUGGAGAUCACGCUGCUCAACAUGGACUGGAGCUGCCCCUGCCCCAACAUGACCACCGAGGACGGGCCGCUCAUCGUCAUGGGCGACGUGCACAACGGCAUGGCCACCCUGCAGCCGCACAGCUUCGUCAGGACGGUCACCGAGAAGCGCAUCAAGAAGCUGGCCGAGGUCCAGGAGAAGAAGACGUGCGACCUGCUGAGGGAGCUGACCGGACUUCAGUAGCCCGGCGCCGGCCGGCCGGCGGGCGGGGCGGGGCGGUGGUCAGUUGGCUGGACUGGUCGGCGGGGCGGUGCUGGUCAGUCCCGGCCAUUGCGCUCGUUCUGGUCAAUGGACCCGUUUUGGUCGAUUGACCAGUUCUAG